AGCUGGCGCGCUCCCCCGGCAUUCCAGCACGGGUACAGCUUCUGCCGGUGCAAGCGCUCGGCUGAUAGGGGCCGCGCAGCUGGGGAGGAACCUGCCCCUGGACACAGGGAGCUUUUGUUUCGAGACGGUUCAAGGAUUUGUCUUUCAGGGUGGCCGGACAUCCCGUGCCCUGCUCUUCUUCCGGUCCCCAUCCCCCUCCCCUCCCCGGAGAUGGAGCUCGACUCCUACCAGCAUUACUUCUACGACUACGACUCGGAGGAGGACUUCUACCGCUCCACCGCGCCCAGCGAGGACAUCUGGAAGAAGUUCGAGCUGGUGCCCACGCCCCCCACGUCGCCCGCCUGCGGCCCGGCGGACAAAGCCUGUUGCUCAGGCGCGGCGGGGGAGCUAGGGGACUGGUUGCCCAGCUGCUGCCUGGCGGGGGAAGAGCCCGGCGAGAUCUUCGCCAACCUGAGCGCCUUCAUCCUGCAGGACUGUAUGUGGAGCGGCUUCUCGGCCCGCGAGCGGCUGGAGAAAGCCAGGAGCGAGAAACUUUCCGUGCCAGGGGUGCCCAGGCUCGCCCCGCACAAGCCCUCCUUCGCCCAGGACCUGGGCUUUGGCCACGCCGCCACGGAGUGCGUGGACCCCGCUGCCGUCUUCCCUUGCCCCCUGGCCGAGAGCAAGAUCCCCGCCUCCUCGGGAUCUGAGAGCCAGAGUGACUCCGAAGGCGAGGAGAUCGACGUGGUGACAGUGGAGAAGAGGCAGUCGCUCAGCCUGAGGAAGCCAGUCACCAUCACCGUGCGGGCAGACCCCCUGGACCCCUGCAUGAAACACUUCCACAUCUCCAUCCAUCAGCAGCAGCACAACUACGCCGCCCGCUCCCCGCCAGACCCCUGCUCCCAGGAGGAGGCGGAGAAGGACAUCAAGGUGGAGCCUGUGAGCUCCCCGGAGGAAGCCGUGGAGAGCUCGGAGAGCUCAUCGCCUGAGCCCUGCCUGCUGAAAACCAGCAGCAGCGCCCCGAACUCUGACAGCGAGGACAUGGCCAAGCGGAAAAACCAUAACUACUUGGAACGGAAGAGGCGCAACGAUCUCCGCUCGCGCUUCCUGGCCCUGAGGGACCAGGUCCCCGGGCUGGCGAACUGUCCCAAGACACCCAAAGUGGUGAUCCUGAGCAAGGCCUCGGAGUACCUGCAGUCGCUGGUGAGCGCCGAGCGGAGGCUGGCCGCAGAGAAGAGGCAGCUGAAAGCGAGGCAGCAGCAGCUGCUGAAGCGCAUCUCCCAGCUCGAGGGGCACUAGCUACCAAAAAGACUCGACGCCUUUUGUCCAAUACCGAUUUUGCACAUCUUUGUUUUUUUGGGUUAUCGGGAACCCCCUGAACUACAGAUCCCAGAAUGCACUGCAGCCGGUGCACACAAAUAUGGCUGGCAUUCUAGGAUGCUGGAAGGACGGGUUCCCUCCCCUGCAUCUCCCUCAUCUGAGCGUGGUCUCGGGCUCCCCCCAGGACAGAGCGGGGAGUUGCUAGCUGUGGAGCCGGGCCAGGGCUCUGCCUUGGGGGAUGCUGGGCUUGUUGUCGCUGGAUGUGGCAGGUUCUGGAGCUUGUACAACCCUGAAACGGGCCGUGUAUUUCUUUGGGGUGCCCAUCUUGAGGCACCUGUGUCCUGACUCCUAGAGGUUCUGGGCUUUCCCAGCCCCUGAUGGGAGUCCACGGGGGCUGCUUCAGCUCCUCUGAACAUCAGGCCUCAGCUACCCCAAGACAGGCACUUGAGAACAGAGGCUCCUUCUUGAAACUUCAGGCCCCCCCACUGCGAGGUGGCUGGAGCGUGACCUGUUCCUGCAAGAAUCCAGCUGGCGGGACGGAUUCACUUUUGCUCUCCCGCACGUUCUUGGAUGGCGGAGCCGAGCAGCAGAUACGCGGGUCGUGCUUUAGCCCGGUCCACGGACCAUCUCCUUCCAUUUGACCGCCCAGCCUCUCUUCCCGUGAGCUGUCGCCAACUAUCCAGCCAUUGCCCCACAAUGCCCAGUAUCCUCCCCGACAUCGUUGGCACCCAAGGCCAUAUUCCUAACGGGGCCUGCCAAGCCUUUGAGUCCCUAAUCCCUACGUCAGGGUACUUGGAUCCUGAAUCCAAGGGGCGCUCCGAUCCAGUGCCUUGGUUUGGGUCCAUCUCUGUAUUUACAUGGCGACAGAUGGGGAAUGCUUUUAGUCCAGGGUUGUUCUUAAAUAUCCUCUUGUCCCUCCCCAGAGAGGGAGAGUUGAGCUCCCAACACUGGAGAAGCCCCGAGACCAGCUUGGAUGGACUAUACCUCACUUUCUUACCACUUUACACAGUAGCUUGUUUGGGAUUUUUUUUUUUUGUGUUCUAGAUCCUGCUGCUGUAACUGCCUGAGUCUUAUACUGGAGGACAUUUUUAUACUGUAUUUUUGUACCACUUUUUGGAGAAGUAUUGUUAAAGAUUUGAACUUUUUUUUUU